GACAUUUUCUUAAGGGGGUGGUACAGUGGUCUGCUGGGAAGCGUUGGCCUCACAGUUCUGAGGACUGGGGUUCAAAUCCCGGCCCCCCCUGUUUGGAGUUAGCAUGUUCUCCCCGUCCCUGCGUGGGUUUUCUCUGGGAACUCCAGUUUCCUUGCACAUCCCAAAAACAUGCAACAUUAAUUGGACACACUAAAUUGCCCCUAGGUGUCAAACUCAAGGCCUGGGGGCCACAUCCGGCCCACCACAUCAUUUUAUGUGGCCCGCAAAGGCAAAAUACGUGUCAACGUCAAUGAUUCUUGCGAAAAUCUGUACUAAAUUUCAGAGAUCAUAAAUAACCUUGAGAUAUAUGCAUGCUUGAUUUCUGAUUUCAAAACUAGUUCAUAAAUUUCAUGUGUGGGUUUCUUCCGGGCACUCCAGUGUCCUCGCACAUCCCCAAAACAUGCAACAUUAAUUGGACACUCUAAAUUGCCCCGAGGUGUGAUUGUGAGUGCGGUAGUUUUGUCUCUAUGUGCCCUGCCAUUCGCUGGUGACCAGUUCAGGGUGCACCCCACCUCUUGGCCAUUGACAGCUGGUAUAGGGUCCAGCACUCCAGUGUGACCCUUGUGAGGAUAAGCGGCUAAGGAAAUGGAUGGAUGAAAUAUAAAAGAUGUGACUUGGGUCCCCUUCGAUUGCAUAAAACCAGUUCAGGGUGCACCCCACCUCUCUCGAGUUAUGGCUAGUUUCUAUCACUAAUAUUUGAAUCGUACGACAGAAAGCACGUGACUUCUUCGAAGGAUCUAUGUUAGCUUUGGAUCUACAUACUGUAUCAUCUGACCUGUUAGUCUUGUUUGUUUUGAUUUUGAAUGUUUAGGUUGACUACCCUCAAACAGGCUUGAGGGGGACAAGGAGUCUUAAUGGAUGUCCUCAUGCGGACAAGGUGUGUGUGUACUCCGAGGUACUUAAGAUGGCCGCAGCAGGCUGGAAGUGGAGGCCAUUCGUCAAACACUUCAGCGCCUCUGACAAGCCAGGAAACGCACCUGAAUGUUUAUUUUGACACGCGCUAUGUCCGUCUUCGGUGACGCCCCGCAGGCGCCCCCGGUGCCUGUCAUCACGCUGUCCGCCGACUUCCGUUACGACAGCCACCCGCACAGGUGAACCUCGGCGUCGGAGGUGGGUGGAGUCGAAACUCUGGCUGGUACAGGCGGACCGAGGAUUGGUGCCGAGUUCUGGUACAACGACGUCAACAACACGGCCAUGCCCAUUUAUGUGCCUGCACCUACUUGGGGGAAUCACAAUGCUGUGUUUUCCGAUGCUGGGUUCAACGACGUCCGUCCGUACCGCUACUGGGGCGCUAUCGAGAGAGGCCUGGACCUUAGCGGCCUGCUGAAUGAUCUUGAGGAAACUCCGGAAGGUUCCAUCUUCGCGCUUCUACACGUGCACCCACAACCCCACAGUUAUUGGUCCAAUCAGGACGAAUGGAAGCAGAUAACAGAGAUCAUGAAGACGAGGAAUCUGUUUGUGUCCUUUGACCCGACCUACCAAGGCUUCGCCUCAGGCUCUUUGGAGAAAGACGCGUGGGCCAAGUCUCAGGGCUUUGAACUCUUUGUGGCUCAGUCCUACUCCAAGAACCUUGGACUCUACAGUGAGUACACUUCGUCGCUACUGAGGAAACAAGUCCAAUCUUCUUCUUUCGGCUUGUCCCUUUCGGGGUCGCCACAGCGUGUCAUCUCAGAUGAUAUUUGGCACAAUUUUUACGCCGGAUGCAUUUCCUGACGCAACCCUUCUCAGGGAAUGGAGGCCCCAGUGGGAUACGAACCCACAACCACUGGUUUACCAAACCAGUGCUCGAACCACUGAGCUACGGCGCCUCUCGCCCGCGGGCCCUGGCUCGCCCACACUACGUCAGUCGAUUUUCGGGGAGGGCCCGGCAGGGGGUACGACGCUAGACCGCAGGUGUCAAACUAUUUGGCCCAUGAGGCAAUUAAAAAUAAAUAUUAGAGCUGGCCUGCCGGUCUUAUAAGUAUUAGACACGUGUUUGGUUCCAUAUUAAAAGGUUGAUUUGUUCAGAAUUGGCCCGCAGCUUUGUCCAAUUUAAAAUUUUGGCCCUCUGCGAAUUUGAGUUUGACACCCCAGCGCUAGACCGUGAGUGGCACUUGAUGGGGAUUACGCGCUCACGUCGACCGGACGAAGUGAUGCACACGUUUGGCACCGAGACCCGUAGUACGGCUGUCGGACCUGAGAUAUCAAAGUGUCGCAUGCUGACGAGAGUCCGGAACCGACAGAUAUGCCCGUCACGUUCACCACAGCGAUGGCCAGCGAUACGGCAUCCAGCUCCACCCGGCCCAAAUGACCGCAGAACAAAGUGCUGACGACGCUCGCCGAAAGCACCGUCAGGUGAGUCAGGAUCUGCGGAGUCGCACGUUCGGGUCAGGGCGCCGAACCUCAAGGCGGGAUUUUUGGACUCUCGACGUCAGAGUUCCGUUUCAAGCUGUGGUUGCCGUUUUAAUUUCACGUUUCAAAUAAAAGUGGGGAUUGCAAAUGAAGGUUUGAAGCCUUUUUGAAGCUUCUGAGGAAAAACGGAGGCUGAACACGAGAUCGUUACGACUUUGAAACCGUACCGAGCCGAGAUUCGGUUCGAAAGCAAAUGCGGCAUCGGUUUCAAUUCACGGGUCAGAGUUCAAAGUCUGGUUCGAUAUUAGCUGAAAUCAUAACCUUCCAAUUUUGAGUAAGUCCAAAGUGACUGUUUCAAAAAAAUCAAAUGAGUGAAGUCACGUGUUGAGUUAAGCAAAUUACUCGGCAGUUACCACAAGAGGUUCACAAAUACAGGUCUCAGCCAAGCAAGUCCUAAAAUUGGUGUCUUCAGUCCUAUCUCAGGCAAGUCACAUGACUCGAGUCCUCUCGCUCGCAUCCUCGUCAAGAACAAAACAAAUACAUGUGUUCACUCAGACCCCUAUGUGAGGGUGGGCAACCUGACGGUGGUGGCGCAAGACGGCGAAAACCUGGGCCCCAUCCUCUCUAAGAUGGAGAAGAUCGUGAGGACCACCUGGUCCAGCCCGUCCUCGCAGGGGGCUCGCAUCGUCAGUAAAACGCCCAACUGCCGCCAGCUCUUUGCAGAGUGAUACGUUCACAUUAGUUGUCCAAAAAAAUAAAAUGGGUACAUGAUCCUUAAAACAAUCUGCAGGGCAUUAAUUUUUUUAGACAAACAUGCCUGAUUUGAUAAAUACAGUGAUGCCUCGGUUCUCAACCACAAUCCGUUCCAGAAAACGGUUCCAGGAGUGAUUUCUUCGAAAACUGAAUCGAUGUUUCCCAUUACAAUGAAUGGAAAAAGAAAUAAUGCGUUCCAAGCCUAAAAAAAAUUGGCUUUUGAAAGUAUUUUUUUUUAGCUUUUCCUGAUAAUAAAUUGCCUAGUAGAAAUACAUGUAUAGUUUAAAUACUGUAUAUAAUAAAAUAAUUGAAGAAAUAUAUUUAUUUUUUGCUUAAAAUGUAUGCUUUAGUAGUAGAGUACGCAAGGCUGGGAGUGCAUUGCCGUGUCUGUAGUGACUCAGCCCCCAGCCUUGUCAACUUUUUUAUUAACAAAAGUGCAGAAUAACUUUAAACAAGAAACUUGCCUUCUUUGGAACCAUGAUUGGGGGUUAAUACGGUUGUCCUCGAUAAGAAGAAAAGCAACAGUCACUACAAGGACACGUCUGUGUACAGAGGCUGCGUUAUACAGAAUAACAAAAGUGCGCGGGUUGCGCCACGCACGUUAUGUCAUUUCCGUUUUUUUUUCCCGGGGGGCGUUCGAAUUGACAACAAAACGCGUCGUGGGUGGGUCAGCUCCUUGCACCGCGCAUUAUGUUAUUUCCCGGUUUUUUUUUUUUCGGCGGUGUGGGAAUUCACGACAAAGCGCGUCGUGGGUCAGCUGGUCUGGCCGCGCGCAACAUGUUAUUUCUGGGUUUUGUCUGGCGUUCAAGUACCGAUUUCCGUUCGAAAACAGAAGCAAAAAAAAUCUUGAAAUUUUCGUUCGAAAAUGGGGACGUUCGAGAACCGAGGCUUUACUGUCCUAAACACCAACACCAUACUGGCGUGCGUAUUUAAGUCUAAAAAUUAACAAAGAGAAAAAUUGCCUCUUGUGUGAUGUCACUUUAGUUUGUGCAAGCCUAUUAACACUAGUGCACUCUUUAUUACUGUUGAUUAGCCUCACAUCAAUGUGGUUUGUUUGUGUUGAAUAAUUUCAACUAUUGAUUUCCGUCGUCUAUGUCACACGGGUGCACGAUUGUGUGCAUGUUCGAUGUAGGACUGUCGGUGCUUUAUAAUCUCCAUUUUAAGUGCGUUGCUGCAAUCUUUCGGCAUUCAUACCUAAAAAAAAAAAAAAAAAAAAAAACAUCGUAUAGUUUGGGAUUAACAAGUGAGAAGUCUGUUGAAACUCCGGUGUUUGCAUCCAAACGCUUGCAGAGAACGUGAAUGAAAAAUGGACAGACACUGUAUCAGUAAUUGUAAGGUUGACGCUUGUGAGGUGGUGAAACUCUCCUGCGUCAUUCUUUUUUUUUUUUUUUUUUUUUUUUACUGGGACUCAUACACAGAAGAAAAUAUAUAUAAAAGAUAAUGGCUAUUUUUUUUUAAGUUUAAAUACAUUGGAUAAUACAGUAUCUAAAGAAUUUCCGUUUGUUGGGAAAAAUAGAAAAGUACUUUUAUUUAGAAUGUUUUGGUUUCAUGUUUAACUCAUCUGAGCUAUGCCAUUGCACUUCAGACUAUGUCUGACAACUAAUUUCUAUCGUAAACCUGCUUCCCUUUUUUUUUCUAGUUUGAGAGUUGACGGUUCUUAAGCAGUGAUUAUUUAACUUUAUUCUGUACAGAACUCUGAAACUGUAACAAAUUACAACAAACUUUUUGUUUUUUCAAACAUAAUAAAAAGAAUAUUCUCGCUGAUCAUAAUCACUGGUUUGUUAUUGUUUUUUUUUUUUUUUUAUGUGAUCCUUUCCAGCCUUGAGAAAUUUUUACCAAAACACCUAACUCAUUAGUCACCAGUUCUUAAGAUUCAAAUGAACUUACUUCUAGAAACAUAUCAUAGUUAUCACAAAAAUAUAUCAGAGUUUUGAGGACCAGGCGAUCAGUCCCGG